AUGUCGUUGUUCGAGCGAAGAAGCAGUAUGGAGACACUGCGAGAUCACUGGAAUACAACGACACCAAAUGACUUGGGAGUCAGAGCUUCUUCGCCUACUGGUUCUGAGCGUCGCAAGUUGAGCUUUAAUCCUGUAGGCAGCUGGACACCGAAUGUUGCGCAUGAGGAACCUGUUGCUGCUUUUGAGGUCAGCAAAUUCAAGAGGAUAGCUCAAGUUGCUGUCGCUUGUUUGUAUUGCUUGUUUGCUGCUGGUGUUGUUUUUGGAUAUGCAGCAAUAAAACCUGUUCUGAUUGAACAGGGUGUUUAUGCUGAUAGAUGCACUCCAAAAGAGAUUGAACAAGGGGUAUGGGUGUGCUACGAGCAAGAGUUGAGACUCAACUUGAUGUUCACCGUCGCCGCUGUCAGCACGAAUGUCUGCGCUUUGCCUGUUGGAACUAUCUUGGAUCGUUAUGGUCCCAAAGUUGCUGGUAUUAUCGGUUGCUUCCUUCUUGCUAUCGGUUCUGCGCUUCUGGCCUUUGCAUGGGAUGCUCGCGAAAGUGUUGAUCUCUGGAUCCCUGGCUACUUCUUCCUCGCUCUUGGUGGACCUUUCAUCUUCAUCUCGAGUUUCCAGCUUUCAAAUACCUUCCCCAAGCAUUCGGGCACUAUUCUCGCACUCUUGACUGGCGCCUUCGACACUAGCUCUGCUGUCUUCCUCGUUUACCGUCUCAUCUUCCAGGCCACUGAUGGUGCUUUCGACACUAAGCGCUUUUUCUUGAUCUACCUGGCUGUACCCGCUCUGAUCCUCAUUGCUCAAGUUUUCCUUAUGCCUUCGAACAGCUACAAGACCGUUGGAGAGUUGGUUCAACAAGCCGAAGAGCCAUUGAUAGACUCAGAUUCAGACCAAGACAUCAGCAACGAGGAACGUGCUCUACUUCGUCAAGAACGUCGCGAGUCCGUGGUUAGUGAGAUUACAGAACUGCUAGGUACCAAGGGUGCCGAACAACAACAAGCUCAGCAACAACAAGUCGAGGCAACAAGCGGCGUCUGGGGUGUCCUACACGGCAAGCCUGCUCUCAAGCAAAUCAUGACACCUUGGUUCAUUCUCAUUGCCCUGUUCACCAUCAUCCAGAUGACCAGGAUCAACUACUUUGUCGCCACUAUUCGCACUCAAUAUUCUUACCUUGUCGGCCCUGAAAAGGCCGAGAACAUCAACUCUUUCUUCGACAUUGCACUUCCACUUGGCGGUGUCGUUGCCGUNCCCUUUAUCGGACUCGUACUCGACCAUACAAGCACCGUCUUCACCUUGACUCUGCUAGUAACCAUCGCAACUACAAUCGGUGUCCUCGGAGUGAUCCCCAACACUGGCUCUGCAUACGCCAACAUCAUUCUCUUCGUCAUCUAUCGUCCUCUCUACUACACAGCCGUAUCAGACUACUCCGCCAAAGUCUUUGGCUUUGCCACNUUUGGCAAAGUCUACGGUUUAAUCAUCUGUCUCGCCGGUCUCUUCAAUUUCUCGGCUCAAGGAUUGGAUGCACUUACCCAUCAUGCUUUCCACAAUAACCCUAUUCCCGUUAAUGUCAUUUUACUUUCUACGGCUUUUGCUGUUGGUGUGGUGUUGGUGGGUUAUGUGUGGUAUCAGUCUAGAACUAUCGAAAGAGAGGGAUUGGAGGAAGAGGCUGAGGAGGCUAGGGAGGUGUUGAUGCCUGGUGCGGAUGUGAAUAAUACGAUGAGAGAGCAUGGGCACCAGACUUAUGGUGCUGCAUGA